UAGAAACAACGCAGGUGUAAAGCACCUGUGAUUCAAGGAAUCGAAGAUACAAGUUAAGUACAAGAAAAGAGACGCAGAGAUGAUUAUCCUGGCCACUAUUCUGAUAUUGAUGUGUGUCAGUGUCAUUGGCACCACAAACGGGUCUGAGAUGAAUUGUAUUUCAGUGAUCAGAGUGCCACGAAACACAGUGUUUAGAGCUCCAGUUAUGACCAAGUUGAAGAUAAACUGUACUAUAACUCUAGAAGGAUGUCACAGGAUCCCAAGAGUCUCAUGGUGCAAACUCAAUGGAAGUAAAAGCUGUAAAGCUUUUAAUUACUCACAUCACAUAAAAACUGAUUUGAAGAGCAUGAAAGAACAUGAAUGGAUGGCUUUCCUGUUUUUCCUGAACAUCUCAAUGGAGGACACAGGUUCCUACAGAUGUAAAGUUGGUGACACAUCUAUAUCUCAUGCUAUUAAUGUCACUGUGACAGAUAAAAAUGAGAACGAGGUGUCAAGCAAUCAAAGCAACACACGUGAUCUGAAUCUAGGUCAAAAGGAUUAUCGUCAGUGGGUCUGGCCGUAUCUGUACAUCUGCAGUGGAAUAGCAGGGCUGGUCUUCAUAGUUAUGACUGUAACAUUUUUUUAUGUCAUUAGACACCAAGGAAGAAAAUCUACAAGAAAAGAUAAGGCAAAUAAAAAUCAGUACAUGGAAUCACAAAGAAAAGACCUGCUUCUUCCUCCCUGUCUCUAUCUUAACUCAGACCUGCUGACAUCCGUUGUAUACCGUGUUUAA